UCAGAAUAUGAUAAAAUAAAGCAUACGAAAUUUUUUUAUGCUUUUUCAAAUUUAUAUCCUUGUCAUAUUUGUAAAUUAGAUUUAUUAAAUAUUUUAAAAACAUAUCGUUUAAAUUGUAAUAAUAAAAUUAAUUUUUCAACUUUUAUAUUUAAUUUACAUAACAUGAUCAACCAAGAAAUUGGGAAGGACCUUUUCCCAUGUCAGGAUAUACAAACGAUAAUUAACAAGUACAAAACGGUUGAUUAA